GGCCGGCUGGAAGUCGUUGGGCAAGCCCUGGAGCACCGCUGAUGGAAGUAUUUACGAGCACCCGGACACGGGCUUGAACCUCCGCGGCAAGUCCCUGCCGAAGGUGAAAGAAGCCCUGGAGCUCUGCGAGCGCUCUCACGAGAUCCUAAUUCCCUCGGUGCCCUUGGCUGGCUGGGACGUCGCCUUUGUGGCCGACCCCGAAAACCCAACUGCGCCGGCUUCCUUGGUGUUGCUGGAAGCCAACCUUUCCUGCAACUUCUUCCGGGGAACUGUGGACUGGAAGGUUGGGGUCUGUAAAGUCUAUAACCAUGAGCUACUUACGCUGGUCUACCGGUACUCAGCCCCUAAGACCAUGCGUGCCCUCAUGGGCAGUGUAGGCCUAGUAUCCUGGAUUGCUCUCGUGGCUACCUCCUCCGGAUCUGCAGAUUUCUGUGGCGAGUCUGGCGAGUCUUCCUUGCUGCAGCUCUCGCCAAAGCAGGCAUGCACACCGAUCGCAUACCUGAAAACACACAAGACUGGAAGCUCGACUAUGCAGAGCAUCCUGCUGCGCUUGGCCGUUCGACGUCGCAUGGAGAUCUUUUGGCCUGAGUGCUCCGGUGAUUUCAACUAUCCCAGUCACUUCCCCGGUCCCAUGGCCGAGAAAGUUCCAGCGAAUCACCAGUUCGACAUGAUCUUGCACCACGCUGUCUUGAACGUCUCAGCUUUUCGAUCCUACCUGAAACCCUCUGCCUUCUUUGUGACGGUGCUCCGCGAGCCUGUGAGCCAGAUGACUAGCGUUUUCAACUGGUACCGGCCACACUACAACUGGGCCUCGGUGGAUGAGUUCAUCGACUAUCUCGCAACGACUCCUGAGGAGCAGCAGAGACCCCGGCACAUAGGUCGCCACUUGGGGAUAGCCCGUAACUUCCAGGCCCGCGACUUGGGGUUCUACGAAUCUGGGGGCCGGGCCAACUCCACUGACUCAGAGGUGGCUUCCUGGAUCAACUCCCUGUCUGAUGUGUUUUCCUAUCCGUCGAAGGGGCUCGUGGUGCUCAAGGAGCGCUACGAUGAGGGCUUGAUCUUAUUGCAGCAGGCACUCCAAGUAGACCUUGAAGACGUGUCCUACAUGGCCAUGCGUGUGCAAGAUGCAAGCAGCGCCAAGUACGAAGAGCCCACAGCUCGUCAGUCCAGGCGCAUUCGGGACCUGGCCAACAUCGACGUCCAAGUGUAUGAUCACUUCAGGCAAACUUUCGAGGCACUUUGGGAGGACAGAAGGGGCUCCGCCAAGCUAGACGAUAGCAUCGAAGCGCUGCGGCAGGUCAAUGAUAAUCUUACGGCGACCUGCAGAGAAAGCACGGGCUCCCAGUGCGAGCUUUUCGUCGAAGACCUCCCAGACCUCAGAAACACAGUGAGGCAGAAGCUGGGAUUGGAAUCAUGUGCGCGACCAGGCAAGGUUCAUGCUCAGGACCCCGAUUACAUGCUGCCGACGCUUUGA